AUGCAAGAUGGGGGAGUCAAAAGUAGCCCCCGUCACCAACCUGAUCCACUUUCCGUGUUCCGGGACGAGCGGACGACGGAUGCAAAAUAUCGAUGGAUCAGGAUGGCCCUCAAAAUUAGCCGACUGUCUCAAGACCACAAGGAAGACUCCGUCCAUCAUACUGUGUACACUACACAUUCCUCAUAUAAUGUCCGCCAACCCCCCGUCGGACAUUUUCGACUCGGCUCGAUUUGGGGAGCCCAGAUUUGGCCGCGCCGGACUCGACGGCCUUACAUGUUAUGUAAUGAGAGUGCAAACAUCUGGAAGAAACAUGCGGCUCGUCGAUUACAAUGUAUGCUUCUGGAAGUGGAAUCAUCAUCCUCAUCGCCGCGGUUCCCCUCAUUGUGUAUAUGGUCUUGCAAGCGCGUCUGGGCACAAACCAAAGCCCCGCUUGGCCGAGCGCCACCAGGGGUUUGGUUUGUGCCCAGAGGGCUUGAUCAUCUCAAUUCUGAGGGGGGCGGGACUUGGCACAUAGCCAAGCCCCACUGGGCCGAUUUCAAGCCCUGGGCACAUAGGAUCAUCGACUCGUCAACCAAGACCCAGCUUGGACAACACACCACCACCACCACCAGCUUCACAGAGGCUGGCUUCCAAUCAAAGGAAAAACAUGAGUGGUUGAAAUGCAAGGCUCCUGUGUACCAGUCCCAAUCAAUGAGCAAAAUCCGCUUUUUGGGGUUGAAGAUUCUGAUGUUCUCCUCAAAGUACAUCCUUAAUCAAGCUAUGCUUCGAGUCCGACCUGCUCGGCAAGGAGACCAACAAAAACGAUCAUGUGAGUAA